AUGGCCAUCUUGGCCAGGUCCAGGAGCAAACCGUCAGGAGACAAGAUCAUCAGGAGUCAUUGCGUCCCCGCUUUUCCAAGGCCUUCAGAAGUCUUCAGGAUGUGCAUGGACAAGUCAACCUUCACACUGUUCUACGUCCUGCCGUUGGUGGUGAUCACCGUAGCCUCCUCCGCGGUGAGCAAGAAGCUAUUGGUGAGGGAAACCAUUGGUGCCGUCACAGAAGCCGAGGCCGCCGCUCAACGCUGCAGGAAGAAGAGGACCAUCAAGAUGAUCUUCAUCAUCAUGGCCUUUACCCUCUGUUGGUUCCCCCUCAACGUCUACACCGUCCUGCUCAUCGGCCAACGUGUCCAAUUCAACAACACCCUCUACUUUACCUUCCACUGGGUGGCCGUGAGCAGCACCUGUUGGAACCCCUUCAUCUACUGUUGGAUGGACAACAGGUUCCGCUCCAACCUCAUGACCCCCCUGGCCAAGUGUGGGGGGAGAAGGAGGAGAGGAGGCAAGAUCCUGGCACUAAACGCGGCCAGCGGAGAUGAGAGGCGAUCGGGGUGA